GCAACCCCGUCCCUGUUGAAGGUGAGCGCAGACGCUCUGAAGACGCUCGGCUGGAGGGACAUGGAACUAGUGCCGGCAUUUCCUGGAGUGAAGGACGCCAAUGCAGAGCCAAGACAAUGCAUCCCGAGAGGAUCACCAAAGGGCUUUACUCCGACAGUUUCAUAAGGGGACACCUAUGUACAAAACACCCUGCAAUCAGCAUACAAGUGUUAUAAUUUUCAUGAAUAAAAAGUUUGAAAUGAAUAGAAAACACCCCGAUUUAAAGGCACUGCAUCAAUCUGAGCAGAACCAUCAGGUUUGAGUGGGUGUGUGGUCUCAUCCUUCCAAGCUUGGGUCCUCUACCAGAGGCCUGGGAGCUUGAGGGCUCUGCCAGUCCUCCAGUUUGGGGGUUCCUGCCCCGAUGACCACGGUCACCACUGAUGUCUUCACUCUCCAGGCUUUCUCAAGUUCUGCUUUGAGGCCUUGCCCACCCUCACAUCCGCCCUCUACCGCCCGUCUCCUCCCAGCCGAGCCCACUCCCUCCUCACCAGCGGAACCAAUGAGACUCAGUGGAGAAAUUGCAGACCAAAAUCAACCAGUGUUCAGUGGGAGCGGAUUAAACAAGAGUUUCCAGGAGCUAGAAGCACCAAGCAGCUUCCUCUCACCUUGGACCACGAUGAAUGACGUGCAGGAAGCGACCUCUCCUGCGACCAGCCUGAAUGGCCCGGCGACCUGCGUCACCAAAGUGGAGCUGCGAGUGUCAUGCAAAGCUCUGCUGGACCGAGACACAUUGAACAAGUCAGACCCGUGUGUCGUCCUCAUGGUGCAGAACAACGGGCAGUGGGUUGAGGACACCAUGGCAGCCUGUGUGUCUCCAACAUCAGCUACACAACGCAGUAAGUCCAUUUGGAUCAUUGGAGACAGCUACGUGAGGCGUGGUGCCCAGAGAGCUGCAGAGACCGUCGGAGACAACCUUGGCCUCCCUGACGUCUGUGUCUCCUGGUUUGGUUGGGGCGGACUGAGGUGGAAAGACCUUCUCCCCUUCUUUCACUCCCUUCAUGGAAGAGCAGCUCCUCAUGUCCUCAUCAUUCACUGCGGCGGCAAUGACAUGGGGGUGGUCAGCAGUGUGAAGCUGGUCAACAUGAUGAAGGAGGACCUGCACCGGCUUCACCUUCUCCACCCUCAUAUGACCAUCAUCAUGUCGUCCAUCACCCAAAGGUGUAGAUGGAGGGCAGGUGUAAAACCUGCCAAAAUUGAGAAGGCCCGGAGGUUCGUCAACAGUACAGAGGCUGUGUCCGAAUCCAGAGGAAGGAUGCUUGUAAGAGCGCAUUAUGAGGUCGAUGACGUCAAAGCGCAGCGACGAGUACUGUCCGAAUUCCAAGAAUACUCAUUCUCGCGUCCUCAAACGCGUCCUCGCUCCACCCACAUUUCGAGGAUGGGUCUGAUGGAUCCUCACAGGAGCAAGGUAUCCCAGCAUGCUUUGCGCGCCGGCUGCUGGACUCGACACUCGCAACAAUGGCGGACGGAGCGGGAGAGCAGUACAGCUUAAAAUGAUGGGUCAAGUGCAGCAGUGGGGGACACAGAUGAGAGGGAGAGUGGUGAGAGUCAGCCGACAACAUAGGGAGAAAAAGAAAGAGCAGCAGGGAUGAUGAACUCCUUGACGUCAUCAGGGAGGACAUCAGACAGCAGAGGGAAGCGGAGGAGAGGAGAGAAAGGAUGAUGGAAAGAUUUUUAGCCCUCAUGGAGAGAAUGGUGGAGAAAUAGUUUAAUUUAAAUUAGUUUUUGUUCUGGUUCAAGAUAUUUGUUAUGAAAUUUUAUAUUUGUUGGAAUGUAUUUGACAUUUGAUGAAAUGUAAUAAAAUUUCUAUUAAUUGAUAACUCCUUUCGGAUCAUUUUAACGGUUUUAUUAUUAUUCAGAUUUUUUUUAAGUAACAACAUAGGAUAAAUUAAUGGUGAGGGAAAACUGAUACAUAAAAAUCAUUUGAAGAUAACAACAAUAUAACAAGUAUGUGCAUUUAAAGCAGGAUUAACCUGAGUGACUUUUCCUGGACUGUUUAAAUUUGGUAAACAGGAAAUCUUUGGCGGUGAUAAAUCUGCAGAACAUGGAUCCCUGAGAUGGGAUGGAGUGCUGGAACCGAGACCAGUGCCUGGACUUUUCUGGUUGGAGAGUGGAGCAUCACACAGGGUGGUCUGCAGCGGGUGCUUCUGGAUGCAUCAUCUCACUGUCCCCUGCAUCGUCCAUCAAAAGGGUUUGCUGGGCUGGCUCAAUCAACGGCUGUCACAUCGCUAACAUUUAGAUAUAUGCAAAAGGAGAUAUAUGGAUUUAUUAAUAUAAUACGUGUAACGUGUAACUAGCAGACCAAAAGACUAAAUGCUUUUUUAAAUUAGAGAUCCCUACAUAAAUUACUUGCCUGCUAACAGUAACCGUGGUCUGGUGGUACCUCCUCCAGAGCACACACCUCAGCAACAAGUUGGUCCCGCCACAGUGCACCACUGACGGCCUCCAAGCCAGCCUCCCCCUCAUCUUCUGCAACAUCAUCCUCAGGUUCAUCCUCCUGCAGCACAAUGCCACCAGCACUGAGGCAGAUGUUGUGCAGAAUGGUGCAUGCUGUGAUGACCUGGAAUACAGACAAAACAUGAUUAUAUAUUUAAUUGUAAAUCAAAGAAUACAUCCAACAUUUUUUCCCACUGUGUGUUAACUUACAUGAGGUACAAAGGUGUGGUGCACCUCCAGCGCUUUCAGGAAGAUGGUCCUGAACCUGGUCUUCAUCAUUCCAAAAGCACACUCUAUGAUGCAGCGUGCCUGGAAUGAUGGCUGUUGAAGCGCUGGGCUCCCACACCUGGAACCACCCGUUUGUAGGGGGUGAUGAGGGGGAGUGGAUGUUGGAGGCAGGGGUACCCUCCAUCUGCGAGGAUGAAGUGUCCUGGAGGAGGAUAGGCAGACUGCUUGUACAGUGGGCUAUGGCAGAGCACCUUGGAAUCAUGGACCGACCCAGGCCAGCCCACAUAGGUGUUAAUAAAGCGGCCCUGAUGGUCACAAACUGCCUGUAAAAAUGUUUAAAUGAAUGCUUUUUUAAAAGAGAUACAGGCAUUAGGCUUAAGAUAAAAAGGACAAUAAAAAUUAAUAUUUCAAUGCUAUUUUAUGCAGUAUACAAACUUUAUGCACACAAAUAAGCAUGAAGAUCAAAUAUUUUUAUUAGUAAAUAAAAAUUUAUUUAGGCAAUAUUAUUUAUCUACUUGUUAGUAUGUUCUAUAGUAAUUUGUACUUUUAGCCACAGGUCUUUCAGUUGCUUAAAAGAUAAAUGAAACUAGCUAAGUUAGCAUAUGAUUCCUGAAAGCUGGUUCACUGAACAAAAAAAAAAAAUUACCUGGAUAUGGUUACUUCUCAGCCUUAAAUAAUAACGUCGGCGACAGAGAUUAAGCAGGUCAUUAACUAAAAAGUAUAAAAGGAAAAAACAGAUUUCUGGAUCCAUUUUCCCAGCUUGUUAGCCUGUUUGCCGCUGUCAUGGUAGCUAAGCAACUGGACCUGGGGGCGGGAAUAAAACGAGGCUUCCGUAUGGCGUUUAAAGCGUGCC